CCCGGAACAUGCCUGCGCAGCCCCCCCUUGGUACGGGGGGGGGGGCAGCACUUUCGAAGAGGCGCAUCGCGGCGGCCGGAUAGCCAGGCGGGCCGGGCUCCGUCUUUCGCAGUGCGAGAGCCGACCAGCAGCAUGUGGCCACAGGCCCUGUGCUUUGUGUCGCAGCUCGCUAUGCCUGGAAUCAAAAUCAGCAAACACAACUCCGAUCAGCAAACACAACUCCGACAACGCCGACAGCGGGAAGCGCAUGCUUACAGGCCCCGCAUGCCGGGCAAGGGAAUCGCGCCGGGAAACUCUGCGGCAGGCUAA